AUCCCAUACCCAUAUGUGAGUAUACACUCUGUUUGAUUUCAAAUACACUCUUGUUUUGCAUCAGAUUAUAUGAAUCUUUCCUCUUUACUAAAAAUUCCUGUGGGGAGGAACAUUAUCAGUAUUUAGGGUCCCAGGUUCCUGAGUUUGGGUUACUGUCUGUGGGUUCCUGGUUUCCUCCCACCUCACAAAAGCACGCCAGUGGGUGGGUUCAUAACUUUUAAUUGCCUCUAGGUGUGAAUGAGUGUGUGCAUGGUGCCCCUGCAAUGGACUGGCAUCCCAUCCAGGAUGUAUUCCCACCUCAUGCUCAGUGUUCGUGAGAUAGGCUCUGAAUUAAUAUUGUCUUCUGUUACUCCUCACUGAUCCGCCUUUUCUCUUUAUUGCAUACAGAUGUCGACCCUAGAGUUCAUUCUCCCAUACUUUUGCCAGUGCUCUUAUAUUGUGCUUUAUAAUGACCUUAGCUUCUUCCUUGCUGGAGCAGUGGAGGCUCAGUGGAGUAUUCCUUGUGCUACUGAUCAGAAGGUUAUGAGUUCAAGCCCUUGCACCAUCAAAAACAAGUAAAGUAACUAACAAACAAAUAGUGGGCCUCCUAUUCAUAUCUGUUUAGAUCACAUUAUAUGCUCAACUUCAACUUCUUUGCUUCAGAUCUACUAAAGUGAACCAUACAAGAGAUUGAUUCUUGCCAGAGAGUACUUUUAAAAUCAUCCAACACCUGCUUCUUGUUAGCUUUCUGAACAAGAUAUUGUCCUCUAGUGGUUUUGCUUGGUACAGAGCACAUCAGCAUGACUAUAACUGUAAAUCUAAAUGAAACAAUUUAUAGACAUUAGACAAGGCUAUAUUUUUUUGCUCAAGUCGGGGGUGUAGCUAGAAAACACAGUCCACCUCAUACUUCUAGUCUAUCUUUAAGAUACAAGCUCCAGGGAUCUUGCUCGGGGCCUCCUGAAUCUGUGAUCUCUGAUUUAGGCUUUAUAUGUCAAGGGACUUAUAAAGCAAUACAUGAGCUAUUACACGUCUAAGUUAAACAAAAUCAAGACUCUUCUCUGUGCUGACACCAUUGUGGUGGAGUGACUGUGGAUCAUGACAGCUGAGUUGCUGAUUGUUUUCAGACAAAUAUUAAAUCUUCAGAACUGUGUUUUAGCUUAACAGUUUUAGCUUUUAGCUUAACAGUUUUCUUAAAACCUGGACAAUUUGUAAUAGCAAUAGGAAGUCACUCUGGAAAAGGCCAUCUGCCAAAUGCUGUACAAGUAAAUAUGAAUGUAAAAUAUUCAGCAAAACCAUUAGAACAAAUACCACCUGCCACAGCAAGCCUCAAGCUACAACUGAGCUAUUUACCCACCCAUUAGCAAUCCUAUUUACUGUAGAAUCACAAGCCUUCUCAGAGAAUGCAAAUGUAGAUCUGUAGUCACAAAUACUCUUUAUUGUACAUAGUGUAAAUAGGUACUGUCUAUACAAACAUGAGGCAGAUAAAUGGGCCUCAUCAUUUGGCCUAAUUCUCUUAACUGGACUGGUCAGAUUACAAGGCUUUUAUGGGAACAUUAUGUUUAUAGUGAACUAUAGAAUCUUUCCAGAUGAGCUUUGUGUUUUGUUACUCGUAAUAUUCCAAGAACUGAUACGUCAGAGAAGGUAGUAGUGCCUUUUAAAAAGCUGUCUCACUUUUCUUUGCCUUAAAUUUGUGAUGCGCUUCAGCUGGAAGAGCACUACAGAUGAAGUAGGUCUCUUACCUACAAACCUGACGUUAUGGAGUUCUAAUUUUUUGGAUAUGAUUUAAUUUUCUUAUUUGCAGCUUUAAUUGUGGCGUUUGUAUCAAAGGCUAGUAUGUUAUCUACACAGAGAAUCCUGAAAUUCCUCAUUACUAUGCCAUUCCUCUUUGUCUUUCUAGGACCCACAACAGCUUGUGUGACACGUCGAUGCCUGGCUAAUGAUCUCGUUAAAAAAAACCUGUACAGUGCACCCCAGUCUCCGGAGUGUUUUACUGAUGUGAACCUCACCUCCAUCCAGUAUGAGACGCUGUCUGUCAACACCAAAAGUAUGCAGUUCUCUAGCCGCAUUAAAAUUACCAUGGAGUGGACUGACCCAGACCUUAAAUGGUCAGAGACAAAUUACACAUUUGACGAAAUCAUAUUGCCUGUUAAGAAAAUAUGGACUCCUGAUCUCACUGUUGAGAAUGCAAUAUAUGUGGACGUAAAUCCUGUUACUAACGAUAUAGUGGUGAAAAGUGAUGGCACUGUGAACUAUGCUAUUGUCAUGUACACAACGGCUGUGUGCAGAAUCAACCUACUCACCUAUCCUUUUGUUCAAGGCUCAUGUCCUGUGGCCAUCAACGGAUGGAACCAAAGCUCUUGUGGGCUGCAUAUCCUGUAUGGCUCAGUAUCUGCACUAAGAAAUGAAGGAGCUGAAUGGAGCACUGUGUCAGUGAACCUCAAACAGGAAAACAACACAAACAACCACAACUACAUCUACGUCACUCUGUCCAGCAACCCCUUUAAAGCAAUGGUAUCACUGGUCCUGCCCAGUGCAUUAAUCAUGAUAGCUGAUCUGGUGAGUUUUGCUUUGCCACUGGACGGGGGAAAGCGCAGCUCCUUCAAAAUCACACUGGUGCUCAGCUUCACCAUGUUCCUCCUCAUCCUCACUGACUACCUUCCUAACAGUGGACCAUGCAGCCCUCUAUUACAUUAUCACUUCUGCUUCUGCAUGGUCAUUCUGGUGCUGAGUAUGCUGAUAUCCAUGGUGUUCACAAAGGUGGCAGCGGAGGGCAACAUUCUGUGUCGCAGGCUUCCAAAGCUGAGUAAAUCAGGCAGGUUCAACACAAAAAAGACAAUGAUGAACAGACACUCUUUGGUUGGGAUAUCACAAAAUGCAUAUACUCUGUACUUAACCUUUAUACCAUAUUCUACUAAAGUACAAAGUCAAACUAAAUUGAGCUACUGCAUUAAUAUUUUACAGCUCAUUCAGCUCAUAAAUUUCUUUUUGGUGUUUUUAACAAGUGCUACAUUUUCUUAA